AUGGAGAAACACUACAUGGACUCGAAAGUUAAAGGAGUCAGCACAGGGACCACCAUCCUGGCUGCCAUCUUUGAUGGAGGGGUCGUGAUUGGUUCAGAUUCCAGAGCUUCAAUCGGAGGGGAAUAUGUAUCAUCAAAGACCAUCAACAAGGUGGUCCAGGUGCACGACCGUAUCUUCUGCUGCAUGGCAGGCUCACUUGCAGAUGCUCAGGCCGUCACUAAAACUGCAAAGUUUCACCUGUCCUUCCACGGCGUUCAGAUGGAGAGUCCUCCUCUGGUGAUCGCAGCAGCAUCCGUCCUGAGGGAACUGUGUUACACAAACAAAGAGGAGCUGCAGGCCGGCUUCAUCACAGCCGGCUGGGACAGGAAGAAAGGACCACAGGUGUAUGUUGUGUCUCUGGGUGGGAUGUUGGUCAGUCAACCUGUCACGAUCGGAGGCUCAGGAAGCACCUACAUCUACGGCUACGUUGAUGCUAAAUACAAACCCAACAUGACCAGAGAGGAAUGUCAGCAGUUUGCAACCAACGCUCUGGCCUUGGCCAUGGGCAGGGACAACGUCAGUGGAGGGGUUGCUCACCUGGUGGUGAUCACAGAAAAAGGGGUGGAGCAUGUGGUUGUACCUGGAGACAAGCUGCCAAGAUUCAAUGAUGAAUGA